UAAGCCCCGCCCCCCCCGGGGAUUCCGGCGGGAUAAGGCCGGACGGUCCGGACUGCCUCUCAGCUGAACAGAGGUACCGGACCGGACCGGACCAGAGUGUGGGAGGAAGACUUGGGCAGAGAGACAGACCGCAUCUAGCAGCGGACCUGACCGAACCGGAAGCAUGUCCUUGAGUCCAAAGCAGUCCAGGUUCUCAGUCUCGGACCUCCUGGGUUCGGGGGAGGACGGAUAUAGGAGGUUCGGAGGGAUGGACUGCCUCGGAACCGCUCUGGGCACCUACAGGCAGCAGCAGCAGGUCUCCCAGACAGGGAUCCAGAACCAGCAGAACUAUCAGAACCAGCAGCAGCCUCACCUCCAUCACCAUCAUCAUCAUCACCAUCAUCACCUGUCUUCAUCCUCCUCUUCCUCAGCUCCUCUUGGACCCAUCGGAACCUACCGUGUGGCCCAGUUCUCCGGAUCCGUAGGGUUCUGUAACGGCGGCACCGAGCAGUCCUACCAGGAGCCCGGGCGCGGCGGGGCCGGUUCGGCCUGGUUCGGUGGUCCAGAACCCAGAUUCUCUCAGAGUAAGAACCGAUCAGAACCUCAGAACCGGACCAGAACUUAGAAAAAAGCAACACUUCAGCGGCUCGUUCCUGCAGCAAAACUUUCCUUUGAU